GGGAUUCGUGUCGUGUCGUGGCAUUCUGACUUUACAAAGCACAACAAAAUGCACUCGCGGCCGCCGUCGCGUUUAUCAACAAAAAGCUGAACAAAAGUAAAUCUUCAGACUCGACUCGUAACAAGUCCCGGCAGAUUCAUCCGUGAUUUUCUACCGACGCACUGUAGCCUGUGCGCGCAGGCAUGUCGGGACCGGCUCAGCCCACAUACACAGGCACGUGUCGAACCCAAAGAGGACUCAUCCUCAUUGUUAUAAAAGGUAAACAGCGGCUCAGCGUGAGCAAACACACACUUCAGCGGAGGCGACGACCCAAACUCCAAACGCUGCUCCAUUAAAGCCCCGACGGUGGUUGUGAAACGCACAACACGAGGACAAAAAAUAAUCACAAACGGGGGACGGAGUCGCCGCAACGCUCGCGCUCCACGCGCACCUGAAAUGGACGGUGAGCGACCAGCCGCGCGCGCGGCUGCGCCUAAUGAGCAGGACCUGAAGCAUGAACACGUCAUCGGUGAAAUGAUCCCCAUCAUGGAUGACACACGUGAUCGCUGUGAUUAUCAUUCCUCACCCCGAGGAGAGGCGCGUGUCAAUCAUUAAUCUGCUCCGCGUUUUAUGAAGAUCAGGACCUUGAAUUCGAGGCUGUGGAAUCUGCUGCUUUCAACGUGGACUCAAAGGCGCGUGCAGGGUUCUGCUGCAGCACCAGAACCCCAGUGCUUUGCACGUGGAGACGCACGGCGCUCUCCCGUCCGUUCGUCCCGUCGGCCCCGCGCUCGCGCCCGGGCCGACGGGACGCCAUGACAACCAGGCUCCCGAAGCAAAGGUCGCAGUCGUUACACAGAUUUUACGACUUACAGUCCGCGCUUCACUCCGCCCAGGAAGGGGAGCUCACACGGUGACUCCUUCCAGAACCAGGAGCGUCCCUCAGACGACGCGCGCUCACGCACACUCGGACCCCCGUCAGCCAUGCCUUCCGCUGUGAAGAUGCUGUUCUUCCUGUCCAGCGCGCUGGCCACCGUCGUAGCGGUGGGGCUGCUGGGAUACGGCAUGUCCGCACGGUGGGCCACGGUCACCAUGUCAUGCGCAAAGAAGGGCACCGGCAACUUUAACGGGUCGGCGCUGAUCACCAUGGGCCUCUUCAGCGGCGAACUGCAAAGGCAGUUUUGCCCCUUUGGAAACACUGACAAGUUUCAAGUGUUUUCGGUGUUGCAGGGCACCGCCGUCAGCCUGCACGCCGUGGUGCUGGUUCUGUUGGGCCUCGGGCUGCUCUUCUCCGCCUGCACCAUCCUCAUCUCCCUCUACAACAGCGUCAGCAACCCGUACGAGACCUUCAUGGGGCCGAGCGGCGUCUACGCCUGCGGCUCGCUCAGCGCGUGCCUUUCCUUCGUCGCCCUCAUCAUCUACGUGGUCAACGCCACCGCCACCUCCAUGGCGGAGGACGUGGUGAAGAGCGACAACAGCGACGUGGAGCUGCGGGACCAGUCGUCCGCCAUGGAGAUCGGCUACUUCUUCGUGGUGCCGUACGCGGUGAUGUCCCUCGUCGCCGUGGCCGUGAUCGUCGUGUACGACCGCGCCGCCUACACUCACAGGCGGGAGCAGCAGAGGCCCACGGAGGACGCGCCCAAGGAGAUCAUGAUGUACUAAACGCACGGGAGGACGCUUCAGGGACACUGGUGAGACGCCCAGCAGCACAUCUGGGUCACGGUACUGUGGAGGAGCCCCACACGCUGAUGCUGUAGGUAUAUGUGUACAAACCCCACCAAAGCACACAGAGGGGAUUCGUUGAUCUCUGCUGCCCCCUGUCGUCGAGAUUGUGUAAAUGCAGCGAGUCGAGUCAAAACCAGGUGAAAGAAAAAUGAAAGCGAAAAUGAUUUGUUUCUCUUUGCUCAGUCUUCAAUCCGCCGCUAUAGAAGACUGGGGCGUUAACUUGAGCACAUUUCACUUUAAACUUUUAAUUCUCAUCCACUUCAGGAGGGAUCCAAAUGCUUCUGCCUGUGUUGAUUUCAAACGGGACCUCGUGUGACGCCAUUAAUCGUUUUAGUCGCAAUGAUGUCUAAUGAGUGCGACUUGUUGCAGAUGAUUUUCUACAUGGAAACAUUAAAUCAACUUAAAUCGAAUAAUAUUGAAAGCAGAAGCCAGGCGUUUUGUUUAUUUAUUUGCAGUCAUUUCAACCAUUUAUUUGUCACUUUUAUUAUUUAAAUGCCUGUUCAUUUAUUUCUUUAAAUAAAUGUCAUUUUCUUGACACAUCUAAACUAGAUUAUGCAGAUAUUGCAUCUAAGUUGAUAUAAUAGUUUCUCAUAAAAUUAAACAUUUUCCUAAUAAAAUCUUUAUCUUUUCCAAAAGUGUCCUG